AUUUCCCGCUGCAAGCGGCGGCCCUGCCUGCGGGGCUCCGCUAGCCCGGAUUAGAUCGUUCCGGCCGAGCAAUUAGGCCACGCUCAACCCAGCAAAGCCCGGCAGCAAUUAUGCCCGUCCUAUUAACACUGACAGGGCCAGCGCUAUUUUUAGAAACACGGGAAACUGCCCGGCGGGGUUUUUGUCCCCCUCCUCCCCUUCCUGAAAUGAUUUUUCCCCCAGGUCUCCAUGGUCCAUCGGGCUGAUUUUGGCACGGCCAGCUGGGGGCUGUGGAGGGGUCACUCUCCUCUGGUGGCCGGGUGACGCUGUUAUUUCCUCUGAUAAUGAAGCCGCUCCGGAGUCGUGUCCGGGGGCUGCGGGGGCUCUGCCAGCGGGAAAAUCCCGCUCUGUCUUCACCCCCAAAACCUCUUCCCAGCCCAGCUGUGAAUCCCUACGGAAGUCAGAGCCUGGAGGGUGCAGUGGGAGAGAUUAUCCCGAGGGGAUCCAUCCUGCCUGGAGCUCAUCCCCUCUUCACGGACGGCAUCACCAACAAGCUGCUGGCCUGUUACACGGACGAGGCCAUGGGGGACGCGCUGCUGGUGCGGGUGUACGGCACGAGGAGCGAGCUGCUGGUGGACAGGGACACCGAGCUCCGCAAUUUCCAGGUGCUGCGAGCCCACGGCUGCGCCCCCGAGCUCUUCUGCUCCUUCCGGAACGGGCUGUGCUACCAAUUCCUGCCGGGAAUCGCCCUGGGGCCGCAGCACGUCAGGGACCCCCACAUCUGCAGGCUGGUGGCCCGGGAGAUGGCCCGAGUCCACGCCAUCCACGCCAACGGGAGCCUCCCCCGGCCCAUCCUGUGGCAGAAACUGCACAAAUACCUCGGCCUGGUGAAGACAGAGCUCAGCCCAAAGGUAUCCAACCCCAGCCUCCCGCCGGACGUGCCCAGCCCCGAGGCGCUGGAGCAGGAGCUGGUUUGGAUGCAGGACACGCUGUCCCAGCUCGGCUCCCCCGUGGUGCUGUGCCACAACGACCUCCUGUGCAAGAACAUCAUCUACGACAGCACACAAGAUCGCGUUCGCUUCAUCGACUACGAGUACACGGGGUACAACUACCAGGCUUUCGACAUCGGCAACCACUUCAACGAGUUCGCAGGUGUGAAGGAGGUGGAUUAUGGCCUCUACCCCAGCAAGGAGACACAGCUGCAGUGGCUGCACUCCUACCUGCAGGCCUACAAGGAGCUCACCCAGGGGCACCCAGGGGACACCCAGGUGUCUGAGGAGGAGCUGGAAACUCUCUACGUGCAAGUGAACAAGUUCUCCUUGGCAUCCCAUUUCCUCUGGGCGUGCUGGGGCCUGAUCCAGGAUAAAUAUUCGACCAUAGACUUUAAUUUCUUAAGAUAUGCAAAGCUAAGGUUUAAACAAUACUUCAAGAUGAAGCCGGUGGUCACAGCCCUGCAGGUCCCCAGGUAGGGACCACCCCGAGCUCUUCUGUCCUGGCCGUGUCCUCGCACCCCCCUGGCCCCUUGCCCAGCCCCGCCGGGGGCCAGGGCCGCUCCUGCCGCUGGCAAGGGGGGACAAGAGGAGCUCUGCCCCGGCCACCACCGCUCCCAGGAGAGCCUGGACACCCCCGAGACUGGACCAUGAGAUGCUGGAGAGGACCACGGCCCCGGCGAGGCCCCAGCCCACGCGAGGAAGCCUCAGCAUCGCCUUAAAGCCGAGCCCCGCUCGGCCCCGGUGCCCGGCGGCUCCGUGCCCUGCUGGCACCGCUGCUGCUGCUGCCGGGCUGGCACCGCCCCGCUGUCCCUGUGCUGUCCCCAAGGAGGGACACGGGGUCACCCCGUUCCGCUCAGGAGCCCCCAGAGCUGCCUGGUCACUUUGCUGUGCCCUUCUGUCCCCUCCUGCCCUGCUGGGUGUCACCGGGGUGCCACCCCCAAAGCAGCACCGGGACCCUUUUCCAUGAGGGGUGGGAGCUGACGGGACAGGGCACGUGAGCCACGAGGGUCUGGCACCAGUGGGGUGCUGCUGGUGGGCACUGGGUGUCCCCACAGCUGCCCCUGG